AUGAUGUUAUUAACUGUGCUAUGCAGUGUGUUUGUUGGUGUAUGUUCGGUCAGUGCUUCAGGUCCUAAAAAGCUUUUAACAUAUUCACUAUCAGAUAACCGCCCUUUAAAAAAGGCUCUUGGAUAUGAUGAAGAUGUCUUCUUUAAUUUUACUGAGCUGACGUCAAAAUACGGAUAUUUAACAGAGGAUCACGUAGUUACAACUGAAGAUGGUUAUAUAUUAAACGUAUUUCGGAUACCCUCAAAAUGUGAUAACACCAAAGGUUAUCCCGUUAUUCUAAUGCACGGUCUUGUGGACAGCUCGGAUGCUUGGAUACUAGCAGGGCCCCAAGUUGGAUUAGCGUAUAUUCUAUCCGAUAACUGCUACGACGUAUGGGCAGCAAACGGUAGAGGUAACACAUAUUCAAGAAACCAUAUAUCACUGGACCCCAAUAAAGAUCCUGAAUACUGGAAUUUUUCUUUCGAUGAAACUGGAAACUAUGAUCUUCCAGCAAUCAUUGACUACGUGACACAAACAACUGAGAAGCCUAAGGUUUACUACGUGGGCCACUCUCAAGGUACCACAGAUUAUUUUAUAAUGGCUUCGUUAAGACCGGAGUACAAUACAAAAAUUCAGCUAUCUGUAAAUUUGGCACCUAUUGCUUUUAUGAAAUAUAUUAAAAGCCCCAUACCCAUAAUCCUAGCACAACAGACCGAAAUUUUCAAAAAAUUUCUUGAUGAAUUAGGCUUUGGAGAAAUUUUUGCUAAGCAACAAAUCCUACACCACCUAGUUGAAAAGAUUUGUCAAUUAGCCCCAGAACCUAUAUGUGGAACGGGAUUAGCUCUGACAACAGGUUAUAAGCGUGAUAGUAUAUCAGAAAGAACGUUGUCCAUCGCAUUUGGGCACUUACUGGUUGGCAUUUCAAGUAAAACUUUCUCACAUUUCGGACAACUAAUUGUCUCCAAGAAGUUCCAGCGUUAUGACGAGGGCAAAGAAGGAAAUUUUCAAAGAUAUGGAACAGAACGUCCCCCGGAUUACAAUAUUAGCUUGGUCACGUCACCUGUACUUCUUAUCUGCGGCAUAAAUGAUUGGGUUUCGUCUUUAGAAGAUGUUAACGAGCUUAGUUCAAAACUGCCGAACAUGGUAGAAGAAUAUGUUGUACCGGAUCCAACAUGGAGUCACAACAAUCAUUUGUGGGGUAUAAAUGCUCCCAAAUAUGUUUUCAAUAAGAUAUUAAGUUACUUUAGAGUGUACGACGUUAAAUAA